AUGAACCGCAGCCACCGGCACGGAGCGGGCAGCGGCUGCCUGGGCACCAUGGAGGUGAAGAGCAAGUUUGGAGCUGAAUUUCGUCGGUUUUCACUGGAAAGAUCAAAACCUGGAAAGUUUGAGGAGUUUUAUGGAUUACUGCAACAUGUUCAUAAGAUACCCAAUGUUGACGUUUUAGUAGGCUAUGCAGACAUCCACGGAGAUUUACUACCUAUAAAUAACGAUGAUAAUUAUCACAAAGCUGUUUCAACGGCCAACCCACUGCUUAGGAUUUUUAUACAAAAAAAGGAAGAAGCAGACUACAGUGCCUUUGGUACAGACACACUAAUAAAGAAGAAGAAUGUUUUAACCAAUGUGUUGCGUCCUGACAACCAUAGAAAAAAGCCACACAUAGUCAUUAGUAUGCCCCAGGACUUCAGACCUGUGUCUUCUAUUAUAGACGUGGAUAUCCUCCCAGAAACACAUCGUAGGGUCCGUCUUUACAAAUAUGGCACGGAGAAACCCCUAGGAUUCUACAUCCGGGAUGGCUCCAGUGUCAGGGUGACACCCCAUGGCUUAGAGAAGGUCCCAGGGAUCUUUAUAUCCAGACUUGUGCCAGGAGGUCUGGCUCAAAGCACAGGACUAUUAGCCGUUAAUGAUGAAGUUUUAGAAGUUAAUGGCAUAGAAGUUUCCGGGAAGAGUCUAGAUCAAGUAACUGACAUGAUGAUUGCAAACAGCCGCAACCUCAUCAUCACAGUGAGACCAGCAAACCAGAGGAAUAAUGUCAUUAGGAACAGUCGGACUUCCGGCAGCUCUGGCCAGUCUACUGACAACAGCCUUCCUGGCUAUCCACAGCAGAUCGAACCGAGCUUUGAGCCAGAGGAUGAAGACAGCGAUGAAGAUGACAUUAUUAUUGAAGACAGUGGCGUGCCACAGCAGAUCCCUAAGGCUGUGCGUAACACUGAGAGCCUGGAAUCAUUAACACAAAUAGAACUCAGUUUUGAAUCUGGACAGAACGGUUUUAUUCCUUCUAAUGCAGUGAGCUUAGCGUCCUUAGCAAGUGGCACAAAUACAGAAUAUGAAACGCGUGCUCCAGAUCAAAAACUCUUAGAAGAAGAUGGAACGAUCAUAACACUAUGA